CCAAAGUGACAGUUGUAAAGACAGACAGCUCCCAAUAAGGUUUCUGAGAGCUCAGUUUGACUUGAAGUGACAUUCAAAACAAUGGAAGGUGAAUGCAAGGUACUGCUGGAAGCCACUGUCGACACAGAAGCCAGGAAACAAACAACAAGUUUCAAACCCAGCUCAACGAAAACCACAGCCCUGCUGGUGUUCACACUCUGCCUCGCUGCUGCUGCUGCUGCUGCAGUCCUCCUCUUCAAUAUGCAUGCCAAGGGCUCAGGACAAGAUGAAGCCAAUGUUGAACUUCUCCACAAAUUGAGGCACAUUUCAAAUCCAAGAGCAGCAAUUCAUUUAGAAGGAGAAUAUAACCCCGACGUGAAGACCUCAGUGGAAUGGAAGAAUCAGGUUGACCAGUCCCACUCUCAGGGAGGGCUGGAACUCUACAACAAUGAAAUUGUGAUUCCUCAAAAUGGCCUCUACUUCGUAUACAGCCAAGUGUCUUUCCAGAUUCACUGCAGCAGCAGUGAAGCUGAUGACCUCUCACAGCCCCUGGUCCACCUGAGUCACACUGUGAAGCGCUGGUCCAGCUCGUUUGGGUCUUACCAGACCAUCCUGCACUCUGUCCGCACUGCCUGCCAAAUGAGAGCCACAAGCGAUCGGGAUGAUGAGGGGAGCUGGUACUCCGCCGUGUACAUGGGAGCUGUGUUCAGCCUGAAGGGAGGGGACAGACUCAAGACGGUGAUGGAAGAAAAGAUGUUGCCGGGCCUGGAAGACGAGCCGGGGAAGACUUUCUUUGGUGUGUUUGCCUUGUGAGGUCAGUGGACUAAGGGCAACAGGUGAAGAUAUGAAUGUACAUGUAAGAGCCGUCAGUCUUCAUGGUGGCUCCACUGUGAGGCCUGAAGCCCACUGCCUCGCAUGAACUCACUUACACUGUUGAAUGUUUGAAGGUCUACACUGCACUAAACAGUCAUUGCAAUUUUCAGUAUAGACUUUUAGCAAGUCAUUUAAAGUAAACCAAGAUUCUGUAUGUUAGCUGUAUCAAUGAACACAAUAGCUGACUGUGAAGUAAUGUAUUACCAUAAAUAUCUAUAUGGGUCUAUAAUGUUAUGUACUUUGUACUCGCAUUAGUGUCAGUACCUUUUGCUGUACUGCAAAUUACCGAUAACUGUUGCGUAUUUAUUGUGUCACUACAGGUU